CAACCGCUGUGAGCCAAUCCACUGCUCUGACGCCGACAGCAGCAGGAAGUCCCGCCUCCAGCCUCCUGAACCGGAACGCGCCUGAAGAAGAACCGUGCGAACCCGUCGGUGCUCUGCAGCUCCAGCGGCAGAAACAUGGAUACAGAGUUGUUUAUGGAGUGUGAUGAGGAGGAGCUGGAGCCAUGGCAACAGGUGGAUGACAGUGUGGAGGAAGACGAGAUGGACUUUGACAGCUACUGCGAGCCAGUGGAGGAUUCUCCAUCUCCUCUUCCAGCCACUGAGACUCCGCCCCCCAGGACUCCUCCACCCAUGCCACCUCCGACAGCUUCACCUCUCGUUCAGAUCAUCUGCUCCUCUGUGAGGCCUCCUCCUCCUCCCUCCAUCAUCACCUCCUCCUCCGUCUCCCACCUCACUGCUUCCUCCACACCUACUGCAGCCCCGCCUCUGAUGCAUCAGGCCACGCCCCUCAUCCUGACGCAGACGGCAGGUGGGACGUACCUCCUCCCAGCAGCCCCCGGGAUGCGCCACGCCUCGCCCAUCCUCCUCACCACGCAGGGUUUCCCGAUGAUGAACCGCGGCACUCCUCUGCUGUUCAACCUGCAGCCGGGUCAGACGGUCCAGCCUCUCACCCUGAUCCAGUCGCAGUCGUUGGGUCAGUUGGUCCGGCCCAGCUUGGGUAUGUCUCCGGUCCUUUCCCAGGGCCAGUUGGUCCAGACCAAACCAGGCCCCACCCCCUCAAGAGGCUCCACCCAGCCUGGCUUCACCGCCAUGCAGCUGCCCACCACGCUGACCAUCCGCACCAGCACGCCAGGACCCGUUAACCUUCAGAUGACCCAGGUGGGCGGAGUCAACUCCUUGAAGCUGGCAGGUUCCCCUGCCCUCCCCUCUGGCUCGGCCAAUGGAGUCACCAGAUUCACUCCGUUCAGCAGCGCAGCUCCUGGCCACGCCCCCUCCGUCGUCACCACCUACAGUGUGACCUCGGCGCCGGCCUCCGACCCCCCCAGGGUGGUGAUGAGCGUGGAGGAGUUCUACUACGGGACGUUUGAGGGCGACCUGAGUCUGAGGAAGCCACUCCCACUGGGGAUCAAAACCUCCAGUUUCUCCUGCCAGGUGUGCACAUACCUGGCCGAGAACAACCUGAGGUUGAUGCAGCACAUGCUCCACCACUCAGAGCUGAUUGGAGGAAGAGGAGCAGGUGAUGAGAGGAAGUGCUGCAAAUUCUGUUACCGACAGUUCUCGUCUCCGGCUCAGCUGCAGAGCCACCAGGACCAGGUGCAUGGCCCCGCCCUCUCCUCCUGUAUGUGUCGUAUUUGUGAGUGGGCGUUUGAGAACGAGCCGGCCUUCUUGAACCACAUGAAGUCCAACCACAAACCAGGAGAGAUGCCCUACGUCUGCCAGGUGUGUUCGUAUCGCUCGUCCUUCUACUCAGACGUCGUGCAGCAUUUCGCCAGCUUCCACAGAGACUCUCGCUUCCUGAUGUGUCUUUUCUGCCUGAAGGUGACCAGAAACCCCGUCAGCUACCAGCAGCACCUGAUGAGACAUCAGGUGAACCAGGCCUUCCACUGUAACAGGUGUCGUCUUCAGUUCGUCUUCCUGAAGGACAAGAUGCAGCACAAACUGGAAAACCAUCGCAGCUUCCGUCGACCUGCUCAGCUGGAAGGACUGCCGCCAGGGUCAAAGGUGACGAUCAGGACUUAUGGAAAGAUCAGGCCUCUGACGUUAGCAGGGACCCGGCUGCUCCAGAGCCCCGCCUCCCUCAUCCAGCCAAUCAACAUCAAGACAGAGAAGUCGCCGAUCCAGAAGAGCCCCCCCUUCCACAAAUCACCUCGAUCACCAACCAAGAGACCGGCCAACCGCAGAGUCUACAGGAGUUCCUCGUAUGACGGAGACCGGUUGGUGUGUUUGGAGUGUGGAACCAACGCCUCUGAUUUCUCGGCUCACUACCCGACUCACGUCCACUGUCUGCUGUGUCCGUACAGCAGCUGCUGCUCCAGAGCCUACGCUGCACACAUGAUCCAUCAUCACGUACCGCGCUCCAAAGAAAAAGUUCUUCCUCUGCACAGACUGCCUCCUCCAUGUGUGUUCCUGCUGCAGUGCUCUCACUGUGACUUCACGCCUCAGACCGCUGAUCAGAUGGCUGAUCACCUGCUGAUGAACCCAGAGCACUACAGCGCCACCUGUCGGCCCCGGACCUACGUUGAACCGGACAUCCAGUUCUGCCAACAUGAAGAGCAGCACUCCUCAAAAGAGAAAGAAACGGUCCAGAACCAGGACCUGCCUGAUCCGUCCUGGAGGUCAGCAGAUUGUUGGAAACAUCCGUCAGAGAGCUCUGAGUCCAGCAUCGUCUCGUUCACACAGAGCAACGGGCCGUGUCACCUCCUGUCCAAGAACACCGACGCCAUUGACUUCUUUAACCUGGUCUUCCCCGCGGCACUCAUGGAGCUAAUCACCAAGGAGACCAACGCCCACGUCAAGACCUGCCAGUUCCUGGGCUCCAGCUACCCAGAUUGGGUCCCCGUCACCAUCCACGAGAUCAAAGGUUUCAUCGGCCUGGUCAUUCUGAUGGGGAUCCAGAACCUUCCCGACCCGUCGCACUACUGGUCCUGGAAUCACUACGACAACAGCUACACCUUCUACCGCGCCAUGAGCUUCAAACGCUUCAAGCAGAUUGCCGCCAAUGUCCGCAUGGGCAGCUUUGCCACAGACGAGUAUCGCGGCACCAGCGACCCCAGCGACUCGCUGCACGUCUUCAGGCCGAUGCUGAAGAUCCUGGGCGGAGCGAUGUGGAACGCCUACAGGCCGAACUGCUGCCUGUCCAUCGACCGGGCGCUGCUGCCCGGCCUGGAGGAGGAGAGCCACGCCAAGGGGGGUCCAAAGACCCAGCCUCAGGUUUGGCUGCUCUGCGACUCCAAGUCCGGCUACUGCCACCGCUUCUUCAUCCAGGUAGGGGAGAAGGUGGGCCAGGAGCCGGGCUUCACGGUGGUGCCGGAGCUGGUGAAGGACAUGGAGGACAAACAACACCAACUUUAUCUGGCUAGUUCGCUCACAUCUGUCCCUCUCAUGCAGAAGCUUCUAGACCAGGGCAUCUACGCCUCCAGCUCCUUCCCUCCACCCAACCCCAUCCUGCCCAGAGCGCUGUGGGACGAGGGCCGGCUGGACAAACCUGGGGACUUCCUGCAGAGACAGUUUGGCCCCUUGCUGGCCACCCGCUGGAGGGACACCAAAGAGAUGGGCUGCCUGUCCACUAAUGCAGCUCCGGGUGAACUGGACACUGUUUGGAGGAGGUCUCAGACCAAAGUGGGCGAACUGGACCCCAUAAACCGUCCCAUGGCGUUCCGCCUCCUGCAGGAGAACAUGCGAGGCGUUGACAUCUGUAAACAGCUGCUGGCCUGCAACCCGCUGGGAGGAAUCCCUCAGGACCGACACUGGCGAGGCCUCUUCUGGUUUCUGAUCAACCUGAGCAUCGUCAACGCCUUCAUCGUGCUGCGGGAGAGCCGCAAAGAGAACCCACCCGUCUGGGUACAAGACGGCCUCUUUACUCAGGUCAACUUCCGCAAGCGUUUGGGCAACCAGCUCGCCAAGUGUGCUCAGAAAUACUUUGAGACCAUGGAGAUUGCCAGCACCCGCGUGACGAGGGUGGAGGUGGCGAAGCAACCAGUCAACCAAAGACACAGGAUGGGGAAGAUCAGCAGCAUCUCCAAGAGAUGUAAGAGCUGCCAUCUGAAGAACAUCCGCCAUGAGAGCGUGUACGGCUGCCUCGUCUGUAAAGCCAACCUGUGUAAACAGCCGAGCUGCUUCUGGGAAUAUCACGGCCUGUCGCCUCUAAACAAAGGAUCAACAAGAGUUGGAUUCCUCAAGGACAAAAUAAGUGGAGCGAUCAAGGUGAAGGAGGUUGAGGACAGCGUGGACGGGGCGAUGGCACCGGUGGAGGACCUGGACUUCUCUGACAAUGAAAAACUGGAUGAUCUGGAUGACGUUGAUGAAGAGUCUGAAGAUAUUAAGGACGAUUUUAUCAAAGAAGAAAAACAUCCAAGUUCUGACCUGCCGUCAACAACGAACGACCACGCCCAACCAGCAACCCUGUCGUCGGCCUCUAAAGAGCGUGAUGAUUACCUCACCGCCCGUAAGCUGAGGAUCGCCCUGUUCGCUCUGUGUGACGGACUCAGCCAAGCCUCCAGAGUGUUUUCAACCAAGACGCAGCUCAUCCGGUCCUGCCUGGAGGAGGCCAGGAAGCGUUUGAAGCAGACGGACCAGGAACAGAAGGUGGACGCCGACGGCGGGGACCGCAUGGUGGCGUGGGUGCUGUCCAUGCGUGAGCAGCAGCUUCUGAUCACAGAGAGCAACCUCUUCCACAAAGCCUCCACGCUGAAGAAGAAGGGAGGUUUCAGUGACUCGUUCCGCAUCUCCUACAACUGGGCGGUGAGCUUCAUGCUGCAGCAUCGGCUGGGCGUUCGGAGCGUCGGCAGGGCGCCCACGCUGGCUCGCACUCUGCCGCUUUCCAUGGAGGCCAAGAUCAAGUCCUUCAGGGAGUUCACCCAGAAGGUCAUCCAGGUCAACAAGCUGUCAGAAAGCACCGUGGCUGCGAUGGACGAGUUGUGUUUCUUUGUGGAUUUGAGGUUGGUGCAGGACAAGCCUCGCCGUUCAGAGGCGCUGGAGCUCACCGGGUCUUUACCUCUGGUCACCGUGUACCUGACAGUGCUGGCCGACGGCACCAUGUUGCCUUCCGUGGUGCUGGCGAACAGGCAGCUGGCUGAGAAAGCCCUGCCAGACUUCAUCCUGCUUGAGUCCGGCCAAGAGAGUCUGUUAGUGGAAGAAGCCUUGGAUAUCUGGACUAACAAGGUCUGGCUACCGCAUGUGUCCGGUCCGGCUCAGCUCAGUAAAUCACUGCUGAUCCUUGACCGACACCGGGAACACAUGGGAGAUUCGUUCCUUUCCUCCAUCAGUGGAUCGGGUACCCUCCCAGCUGUGAUUCCUGCAGGGUGCUCCUUCCGUCUUCAGGCCCUGGAGAUUUGCGUGAAGCCGGUUCUACAGCGCUUCCUACUGUCACGCUGGACAAAGUUCGCCGCCGGAAACCCGAAGGAGUUGGAGGAGACGUCGCCCCACCAGCUCCAAGCAAACGUCGCCCAGCUGCUGGUCGAUUGGCUGGUUGAGGCCCUGACACAGCUCAACAAACUCCCACAGCUUUGGAAGAAGUCGUUCCACCUGACGGGCCUUCUGUCGGGGCAGAAAGAGGAGGACCAGGAGGUGGAGGUGGAGAAGGAGGAGACAACGAGUCAGAAACCAGAGGAGUCCCAGUUGGACCUCCUCAAGACCCUUACAGAGAUCCUGCUGGGGGCUGAAGCUUUGGAGGCCGAUUCUCCGGAGCAGCUGGAGCUGGAAGACCAAGAGUACACCCAGGAGGAACAAGAACAAGGUGAAGGACAGGAGGCAUCAGAGGAGCAACAGGAGGACCAAGAAGGAGAAGGAAAGGAGGUAAAAGAGGACAGGAAGGAGAUGGAGGAGGAAGGGAAGGAAACAAAGGAGGAGGGUCAGGCAGAGGACACAGAACAAGAAGGAAAGGACCCAAUCAGAGGUGUGGAAGACAGGAAGGAGACAGAUGAGGACAGGAAAGAGGAGGUGAAGAAGCUAGAGGAGGACAGCGAGGAGGAAGGAAAGGAGACAGAGGAGGACAGGAAGGAGGUGAGCAAAGAGAGACGAGAGACCAGGAUAGUGAUAGGAGAGGAGGUCGGUGAUGAGUGGAAGAUAACGGUGAAGAGCAGGACUGAGGGCGUAGAGGCUGACGGAGAGGAGGACGACAGGAUGGACGAAAGCUAAAGUUGUCUGAUAGGACUUUUACCGCCGGAUAUCAUCCCUGUAAUUUACUGAAACCACAGAAAGCUUUGGCAGCGAGGCGAAGUCGAGCUAAGAUGAGACAAGCAGGUUGCAACCAGCCCAGGUGAGCUGUUGAGUUUUACCCAAAUAUGAUAUCCGCCUUAUUCUCGGGGGCGUUAGUGUAGAAAUGAUUAUGGGCGUAACUUCCGGUGAGGUACUGUGGAAGUAAAACAAUCGCACCAGGAAAGAGGAUUAGUGUAUCGUUACCAUGGAAAACACCGGUUCAGGUUCAGUGACACGAUGCACCGGAAGUCACGCCCAUAGUUCACGCAAGGCCUCAUGGAAUAAGGUGGAUAUGAAUGAAUAAGUUGUACUUCAUGAUCCGGUCCAGAUAUGAUAACGCACCAGAACAGAGCUCAGUGAAUCUGCUGUUGUGUAAAGACUGUAAUGAUUUUUUAUUUGUAGAGACGUUGGAGGGUUACCUGUUCACUUCAAUACAGCGGUGUUGGUUGCUGCUUGUUUAUGACGUUUAUCAUGUGGCACAUUCACAGAAACCAGCUGGGCUAAAAGCCAUGAACGCACCACAUGAUGUAAAUUAUAUACAGCAAUUAUAACCCUGAUUGUGUCACAACAACAAGUGUUCGGUUAUGUUUUAAUAAAUGAAAAAUAUGGACA